AUGCAGCAGGAGCCCUUUCCAGGACGUGGAGAAUGCAGGGAGGGGUUUGGGCCUGGCGAGACCUAUCGUUUCGGAACGUCAAGGUGCAAUACGAUUACGCUCUGCAGUUGGGAUGAAUUCCUGGCACAACUACCUGAGUGCUGGUCUUCUGCUACGGUUCUUUAUCCCAACGUUACUUUCUGCGGCCCAGAUGCAAACACAAGCGGAGUACCAGACUUUGGUAUUCCAUUGACAGUUUCCGCCACAGUAUUUGACGCCCCACGACCUUCCCUUGAGGCAUGCUUUCACGUGCCCGCAGGCUUGUGCCCAACUUACGUGUGCACCAGCAAUGACACAACCGCAUUUUGCUAUGAUUCAACUGGAAUCACUUGCAAUGCUCCAAACGCCGACCCAAACUCUCGAGUUUGUCAACCCUGGACGGAGGGCACAGAGUUUUGCGUCGUAAGCGCCAUCCUUGAUUCGAAUGAGACCAGCCUGGCCGAGAUCGUCUAUUUUGCGGUCCAGUGGGAGUGCUGCCCCACCACUACACCAACAACCACCACUACACCAACGACCAAGACCAAGCCGUAUACUCCGUACAAGCGCAGGCUGCGUGACUGGCGCCGCCAAAAGCGACGCUGGCUGAGAAAGGCAGCGCCGGCGGCAAUAUCCUAA